UCGCUGCCUCUACUGCGCAGCCGCAGUUUUUCCAGCGCACAGCAAUCCAAGCAGGGAGAGGCAAACAUGGCCCUCGAUAAUUUGAUUUUCGCCCAGUGCAUUUUGUAUUUCUUAGCUUUCGUGUUCGGUUUUAUUGCCGUGGUGCCUCUGUCAGAAAACACGGAGGAUUUUGGAGGAAAAUGUCUGCUCUUCGCGCGGGGUAUGUGGCAGAACGAGAACAUCACGGUGUCGAAGCAGCGCUUCAUCGUGGAGGAGUGGGGACCCGAGUCUUCCUGCAGCUUUGUCACUUUCGUCGGAAUUGCGUCCCUCGUCCUGUCCGCAGUGCAGGCGUGGAGGCUGCUGUUCUUCCUGUGUAAAGGACACGACGACUCCAUCUUUAACUCCUUUCUCAACCUGCUGAUCAGCUCCCUGGUGGUGUUCACUGUCUUCCUGUCCAGCACCAUUGUCAGUGUAGGCUUCAAUUUGUGGUGCGACGCCAUUACCGAAAGGGGGACCAUGCCCAGCAGCUGUGAGAACCUGCAGGACACAGACCUAGAACUGAACCUGGACAAUUCAGCAUUCUAUGACCAGUUUGCUAUAGCCCAGUUUGGCUUAUGGGCUUCCUGGCUUGCGUGGCUUGGAAUUGCAGUCAUGGCCUUCCUCAAGGUUUACCACAACUACAGGCAGGAGGACCUGCUGGACAACCUGAUCCACGAGAAGGAGCUGCUGCUCGGUCGCUCCUCCCGUCGUAACUCUGAUGACCUCAAGACUGGCCCGAUCUAGAAACUGCUCAAAAAAACGUUCACCCUCCAGUUUUCAUGGUCGUCCCGACUGCCAUGACAAAACACCAAUGUUUGCCUCUUCAGACAAUCACAAUCAAUUGGCUUUUGCUUUAAUUGACGGUGAUUUGAACAAUUUGGAGGAUUCUAGUUUUAUUCUCCAGAUUUAUCUGAUAAUAACUUAAUUAUAUCUUCAAAGUUGAUCAUUUUGAUGACAGGUGUCAUAUUUUUAAUAUAUUCAUCUACACAGUUUUAACAAUUCAAAGCAUUUACCCAUUUAUCUACUGUUUAACAUCUGCAUGAACAUAAUGCAUGACAAUUUUCUUUUAAAUAGAUCUAUUUUUUUCUACACCUUUGAGUAUUUUCCCUAAACCCUGAGGAGACGCCUUGUGUCCAGAAUAACUGUGUAUUAUUUGCAUGUUUCGGUGAGGUAGAAUUAUGUGCUUUUGCACUUUAUUUACACAAAACUCCAUGAACUCAGUUUGACAGACAAUAUUUGUUGUUGAGAUAACGAACAGAUCCCAACAUGUGCCAUUUACAAACUCUGCUUCUUCCUCACACUUUAUGGGCUACCUGAUAAUGUACUCUACUACUGUGGCAUAUUUAUGUGCAUGCAUCCUUUUCUCUGCUACAUGGUAUGGCAUAAUCACUGUGAGGCAAGUAAAAUUGCUUUAUUGGUAAUUUAUUGUAGAACAAGUGAAAAACAUGAAAGAGAAGGAACAAAGAAAGCCCUCCAUAAAGGCACAUCAUUCAAAGAAACAUUUGGACAGCAGUGUGCGAAUACAGAACUGGAUGCAUUAUUGCCGAUGGCGAUUCUGACCGACAGUACGGAGCCUCAAGUGUUUUAUUUUAUUUAAUGAAACAGCCCCAUUUUGCUUUGAUAUUCAACUGUGAAAUGCCCACAAUGAAACAAAUAUUUUUAUUUUGAGUUCCCUGAACAGAGACUUCUGAUUUUCUGAUGGAAACUUUAUUAUUGCUCUUAACGAGGGAGGUAUGUGAGAUGUGCAUCACUGUGCUUCCUUCAAUGCAUUUGUGUGGUUGAAUUUGAUUUACCUUCAUUGAUAAAGGGACUCAUGCAACAACAUACAA